AUGAAGAGUAUUGUGUGCACAUUGCAAGAUGACCUUCAGAAAGCAAAGACCAGAGUGGCUGCACUUGGAAGAACCGUUGCCGAGAACGAGGUGAUCAUUACUCAAGCCAACGCAACAGCCGUCUCUCGGCUCGCUAGUAAUGUGUCACGAGACUUCACUGAUGAUGUGAUCAAAGAAACCCUCAGAAAAUUCUUUCAGACGGACUUCUUCUCCUGGUGUGCCGACUUGUGUGCUGAGAAGAUCGAGGAUGAAACGGCUGCGCUACGUAAGCUUCUGGAGGCUGGCAUCAUCAACGCGAAUCGCGACCACCUGGAUGGGCCGGAAUAUCUCAUAUUUAAAAUAAACACGCCUGAUGGAAGCGGUCCAUUGAUGCUACUUCAGGCCGCUCUGGCUACGAGACUCUGCGACUUAUAUCUCGCCGACCCAUAUUUCUUGGCACAAGAACUACCCACGAACCUCCAAGACCGGUGGAUGCUGCCUCGACUUGAGCAUAUUUUCAGCCAUGCAGCACUAGACGCCGCUAUCAAUUGGAGGGUUCAGACUGUGGAAUGCUUGGAACAAGCAGUGCCAAUCACAGAAUCCUAUGUCACGAGAGAAGUGCAUAGAUUUGUUCAAGAAUACGGGUUUUUGCUUUCAACUGACCAGUUCGAUCAUGAGGCCGGCAAAGAUCUAGCCCGCAUCUUCGCCAACUUUGCUGGCCUUGCGUUGAAGCUAUGGAAGUCUCGGGCUCAUGUUUGUUGCUGUGGCAUAAGAGGUUUCGGUGAGGCGGCCUUUGAUCUGGGAAAUCCCUUGAUCGAAGUCGACUCGUCUUUGGCAUCGUCUAUGGGCCAGCGGUUGAACGGCCGUCCAAUCGGACUCAUCAUUCGCCCAGCCAUCUGGGCCAAUUCGCUAUCCCAGGACGGAACGGUGGAACAGGUGGUUUGGCUCAAAGCUCUCGCCUGGGUAUCAGGAGAGGAGGGCGAUAUGGAUUUGAUGGAGCUGGCGUAG